AUGGUGACCGUCAAAACGACAAAUACUUUUGUUCCAAUAAUGGCCGAAGAAGCACCUCCACUACAAUGCAGGCCAGCUAAAGCAAUCACGGAUAUCGUUGAUUGCAAGGAAAGCACCGAGAUGUCAGGGGAUAUCGUCAUCCAGCUUGAAACGGCGAUUCCGGAGGGUGAAUUCGAGACGAUACUUCAAGGGGUCGUCGAUGAGCUGAUGGAGCAAAGUCGGGCUAGAAUCGUCAACUACGACUUUUCAUACAAGGCU